GUGGAAUUCAAAGCAGCACAGCAAACUCUGUUAGAAACAGCGCGAAUAGACUCUGAGUUACUAAUGUAGUUAAGGUCCAUGCAGCUUGUCAAGCUUAUUCGGCCGUAAAUAAGAUCCUCCAAGCUAAGGCAUCAGUGCAGUGCCUAAAGCAUUUAUCCAUUACCAAUCUUACUUUUCUCUUUCUUUCUUUUGCAACUUCAUUCGAAUCCGACUCUUCUUUGCGUAAGCUACUAGCACUGGUUGCACUCGCGUAUACACCUGACCUGCAGUUCAAAACGCCUCAAAACUCCUCUGUGUCUCUUAAAGCCGCCAAUAUGAGCAAUUCCGACGACUCAAAUACCCUCAAACUAAUCACUCCCACCUUCACCCCAUCCUCAACCUCCUCCACCGAAUCCGCCGGGGUAGCUUCCAUUAUCAAGUCCCUCUCUCUUAUCGAGCACGUCGAGGGCGGCUAUUUCGCUGUCACAGACGUCAGCGACACUUUCAUCCCAUCUCCCUAUCCAGAGGAGCCUCUCUCGCAGCGCACCAUUGAUCUCGUCAACGGCCUCCCUGCCGACUACGACCCUUCGAAGAGACGGCUUUCUACUACCAUCUUCUACUAUUUGACCCCCAAUCGGCCUAUGGGCUCAUUUCAUCGUAACCGAAGCCGCAUCAUCCACAGUCUUCACCGUGGCCGCGGCCGCUAUGUCCUCAUCCACCCGGAUGGCCGUAUUGAAUCAUUCGUUGUUGGCCACAACGUUGAGCGUGGAGAAAAGCUACAGUGGAUAGUAGAAGGGGGCGCUUGGAAAGCGAGCUUCCUACUCGCUGAUGAUGACGGCCAGUCGAACAGCGAUGGCCUGCUCAUCUCAGAGACCGUUGUGCCUGGCUUUGAGUACGCCGAUCACGAGUUUCUCUCUCAAGAGCGUCUGGUUGAAAUCCUCCCUGAGACCAAAGCCAAGGCUCUUCAGUGGCUGGUUAAACACUAAGAUACAUUGUAGCACUGUAGAUCGGCGAUGAUGUGGGGAAAAUAAAGUCCAAGGUAGCACUAUCGGGGCUGUUGUGAAAUUAUCUCUAUUGAAAUAUAAGAUGUUCAGGCCCAAGCAACACCUUGGCUUCAGCUAUAACCAGCCUCUUUUUUUCCUGUAAAGACAAAUUCCAAUGCUUUCAUAAAUUCAUGCAUGGCGUGACGA